CAUGUCCGCACCCGGUCCUUUCACGGAGCUCCUGCUGAGGAGAGGGGCAGAGAUUCGGUCUCAGAUCCAGCAGCAGGGUCUGAAGAUGCCCUUCACUGAGGUGCUGGAACUGCACACCGGAGACUUGCAGGCCAUGAGGCAGAAGCCCAUCACCUUCCUCCGACAGGUGUCUGCGGCCUGCACUUACUCCCCACUGCUGAAUGAUCCAACGCUGCCCAGUGACGUCAAGCAGAGAGCUCGAACCAUCUUGGCCAGCUGCCCUGGCAACAGCAUUGGCUGUUACGGAGAGGCAGGGGGGAUCCUCGUGGUUAGAAACUCAGUGGCAAAAUACCUGGAACAACGAGAUGGAGGGAUCCCUGCAGAUCCAGAGAAUAUUUUCCUCUUCAACGGGACAUUGCGCGGCUUGUCUUUCAUCUUGAAAUUCCUGAUGGCGACGUACAACUCCGAGAGGACGGGCAUUCUGGUUCCAGUGCCCAGCAGCCUGGCCUGCCGACGCAUCAUUACACUGUUGGGUGGGGCAGCCCUGCCCUACCAGCUGGACGAGCAGAGUGGCUGGACGGUGUGGUCCGAAGAGCUGAGGAGAGUGCAGGAGGAAGGUUGCGUGAGUUGCCGUCCUCGGGUGCUGUAUGUCGUCAACCCGGGCAGUCCCACAGGGCACGUGAUGGACAGAGCCUGCAUGGAACGGAUAAUCCGAUUCGCCGCUGAUGAGGGGCUCCUGUUAUUGGCUGACGAGGGCCACCCAGGGGACGUGUACAGUGGGAGCCUCCAGCUUCUAUCCUUCAAGAGAGUCCUGCACGAGAUGGGCCCCGAGUUCUCCAGUGUGGUGGAGUUUAUGUCCUUUAACUCUAUCUCCAAGGGGCACAUUGGGGAGUCUGGUGUGCGGGGCUGUUACAUGGAGGUGCUGAAUGUGGACCCCACUGUGCUGUCUCACUUCAGAAGCAUGGUGGCCACAUUUGUCACGUGCUCACUGCCGGCACAGAUCGCCAUGGAGGUGGCCACCAACCCACCUGAUCCUGGAGACCCCUCGUACCCGCUCUUCCAGGCUGAGAAGCAGGAGUCUGUGGGGAAGUUGGCCGCUAAAUCCCAGCUGACGGAAGAAAUGCUGAACCGCGUCCCGGGAAUGCACUGUGCCCCCAUCCACAGCGGCAUUUACGCCUUCCCGAGGAUCGAGCUCCCGGCCAGAGCCAGAGAAGUGUCCGCGGCCUUGGGCCAACCACCGGACGUCUUCUACUGCCUUCGCCUGUUGCAGGACACGGGUUACCUGUUGGCUCCCGGUGAGGAAUUUGGUCAAAAGGACGGCACUGCACACUUCAGAAUGACCUUCGCCGUUCCCAUCAAGGAACUGACGCUUGCCCUGGAGAAGAUUGUGGAUUUCCACCAGAGGUUCAUAGCUGAGUUCUCCUGACUGCCAGGACUGGGAACGGGCGUCGCAACCUCCAGCCAACCUGGGAAUGGAACUUGCAUGUCGGUGGUUGUCUCUGACCCUGCCCAGUGCACUGACUGCCCGCACCUACCUGCAAUAAACUAUUUACACGUUGUUGGUGGUUUUCACGAUGGCAUUACCAUCACAGCCCCAGUUAGAGUCGUAGAGCAGCCCGGCACAGAAACAGGCCCUUCGGUCUACUGAGUUCCUGCCAAACUCUUCGUCUGCAUCAUCCAUCUCCCCACAACUGGGCUAUAUCCCGAAAUACCCCUCCCAUUUGUAUAGUUAUCCAAACUUCUCAAGUUUGGGGCGUAG